AUGACGAAAAUAGAAUCAGUUGAUGCUCUCUUGAACCCUUCUCUGCGGGUAUCCAGGCCGGUUGCGGCCUGUGCGAGAUGUCGGUCUGCAAAGAUCAAAUGUGAUGGCAAGUUGCCGGCUUGUUCAGCUUGUGAACGCUCAGGAAAAUCAAGCAGUUGCACCAGUUCCAACGACGAGUUUGCCCGAGGCAAGGAAAGGAGUUAUGUCGCUGCUCUGGAGUCUGCCGCGGAGAGGCUCCAGAAAAAGAUCGCAGACGCCAGAGUUCAGUCUGCCCGUCACCAUGCUGUUCCGACCGAGGGCUCGGGACAACAGCAGCCUCCUCCUCGAAAACGGAUUGUCAGUGGAAGCCGGCGAAAGGAAGCCUCCGAUGUUGAUGAGCUGGUCAGCGACUUUGGCUUCCUGACGGUCAACGCCACCUCACGCGACUUUCAUGGCUUCACUGCCACCAUGUCUUUUGCCAAACUCGUUCUGUCCGCCGCAACAAGAAAGGAGCUCUCUCAGCUCGAAACCCGGGGUCUCCCACCACGUUACGCCGUCACUCCCAUGAUCAACCAGUAUCUCGAGAAGAUAUACGUCCUAUUUCCCUUCUUUUCGGAAACCGACUUGAUGGGCAGUCUCUCCCGGAUCUAUCAUGACUCCGCUUCGGUCGCAUCAUCGGUCAGUCCAAUGGACGUUUGGAAUGUCCGGUUGAUUCUGGCGAUCGCUUAUGCCUCGAGCUCACAGCGAAAGGGUGACGAAAACUACAAGGCUGCUCUGCAGCAUGUUACGGCGGCCAGAGGCCUGGCAAAUUACGUGCUUCAGCCUGGUUCGAUUAGCGGGCUUCAGGCUCUCCUUCUGUUGGUGCAAUAUGCCUUGGUCGAUCCACGUCAUUUCGACAGCUGGUAUCUGGUCGGCAUGGCAUCUCGCCUCAUGGUCGACUUGGGACUGCAUUGCGAACCGCCAGCGGAAACCAAGAUCAGCAAAGAUACAUUAGAUCUUCGACGCAGGAUCUUCCACUGCACCUACGCUCUCGACCGUCUGGUGAGCAUGUCUUUAGACCGGCCAUUCUCAUUUACUGACGACUCUGCGUCGGAUGUUCCCCUACCUGAGUCGGCGUCCGACCCGGCCUCUUCGCAACUAUUUGCGCAUUCCAUGGGACCAUCAUUGUAUUUGUUCGACAUCCGGCGAGUCGAGUCGGCAUUUUAUCAAACAACAAGGUGGUCGUCUCGGUCCCCAUGGCCAUUGGCGACAGCCGCGACCUAUGCCAGCUCAGUUUCUAACGAUCUCCACGCUUGGUAUUCUACCAUUCCGUCCACCCUCCCUCAAUAUCAUCUCAUGCUCUUCAACCUUGAGAGGCUCUACUGUCAGAUCUUGGUGGUGUCACCUAACCCCCGGGUGCCGGCCUGCAGUAUGACGGAUCUUAACAAGGAGCUUGUGUUCGAGUACUCGGCUCAAUAUGCAGAUUUAUUGCAGCCCAUCACCCAAGAUGUCAGUUGGCAUGCGUACCUGACGUACGCUGAUAUCUGCAGGGCGAGAUAUGUCGGCCAGAAAUUCGUGGAGGUGAUGUGGUCGGACUUUGACCGGCUAGUGAAGAGCUCACACACCUUCCGAGGGGAUUCGGCGCUUUCGAGGAACCCUCCUCUAGACAAUAGUCAGCGCGCCACAGUUUGUCUGCGCAAGAUCAUUGAGAUCCUGGACUUUGCCCGUCAGCGCUGGUCGAUGCCGGAGAUGAGGGAGAGAUUCGAACAGGAGUCGGCGGUCCUCUUCUCUCGACUCAAAAGCAGACAAAUGGAUGCCAGCGCUACUCAGUAUGCGCGUCCAGCCAACGUCCCGCCCAACAACAGCGUCGGGUAUGGCAACCCGCAAGGCCACCCCUACAACCAGCAUCCUUACGGUACGAUCCCUUCGGAGCAGCUACCCGGUCCUCCUCAUGCUGUGAACCAGGACGCUCACGACCAGUCCGGGCACCAGCACCAGCAGAUGCUUACCCCGCCUGAGGAGUAUCAAGCGCAGGGCCAUUAUACCAUGCCACAAGGGUCGCUCCCUCGGCGAAGUUAUGAGUUCUCUGGAAGACGCAGUUAA